AUGAAGGUCUCUGUGGUCACUUGUUUCUUGUCAGCUAGCGCAUCGGCGCAUACAAUCUUCACUCAAUUGCACGUCAACGGCGUGGGGCAAGGACAUACCAAAGGAAUCCGGGUGCCGCACGACACACAGACCUACGACGGACCAAUUCAAGACGUAACGUCUAACGAUGUCAUAUGUAAUGGCGGCAUAAACCCCUACAGAACGCCUCUUCCCAAAGACAUCAUCAAUGUCAAAGCCGGAGACAAGCUCACUGCCGAGUGGCACCACACGCUUGAUUCUAAACCUGAGACGGAUAAGUCAGAUCCCAUCGACCCCGGUCAUCUAGGCCCCAUUAUGGUUUAUCUCGCCAAAGUCGAUGAUGCUUUGUCUACCACAGUGACGGGACUCAAGUGGUUCAAGAUCUACGAGGAUGGUAUGGAUGCCAAUGGCGAGUGGGCAGUUACGAGGCUUUACAACAACAAGGGUCUAGUAGACUUUGUACUUCCGUCUUGCAUUCCGAGUGGACAAUACCUCCUCCGAGCCGAACUUAUCGCUCUCCAUGCUGCGAGUAAUUACCCGGGUGCUCAACUCUACAUGGAAUGUGCCCAGAUAAACGUAACAGGAGGUGGUACUGCCAGUCCGGCUACAGUCAGCUUCCCGGGUGCAUACAAAGCGACUGAUCCAGGCAUCAAGUUUCAGCUCUACUGGCCGAAACCGACAAGCUAUACCAUCCCAGGACCGAGGCCGUUCACCUGCUCUGCGAAGAUUAGGUAA